AUGGAGCGAAUUGCUACGAUUUCCUGUAUAUGCUUAAAGCCCUCCCAGAGCUCCUCCAAAUUACGGGCCUGGACGUCUGGGAAAAAAUUCCAACAGUGUGACACCUCUAGAAAAGUUCAGGUGUUCUGGAUCCCCCCAGGGGGCGAGGGCAUCUUAGGCUUGGAAAGCGCCUGGGGAGAAGAAGCUAAAGUCUCUGGCCCCACAGAAACCGAGCGAUGCAUCGAGUCCCUGAUUGCCGUUUUCCAGAAGUAUGCUGGGCAGGAUGGUCACAGCCUUACUCUGUCCAAGAGGGAGUUCCUGAACUUCAUGAAUACGGAACUGAGUGCCUUCACAAAGAACCAGAAGGAUCCCGGUGUCCUUGACCGCAUGAUGAAGAAACUGGACCAGAACGCUGAUGGGCAGCUAGAUUUCCAAGAAUUCCUUAAUCUUAUUGGCGGCCUUGCUCAAGCGUGCCAUGACUCUUUCAUGAAACGUCUCCACUAG